UGAGUGAAUUAGUAAUAAAAAUAGUUUAUAUAUUUUGUUUUAAACACAAUGUUUGGAACAGAUAUUCAAACGUGUCGAACAUGCCUUGCUCAAUUCGACCACAGUCAAAUGCUUAGUAUUAAACAACAACUAGAAUCGGAAAAUUUAACAAUAGCCGAAAUUCUAGUAGAGUGUACAGCUAUCAAUAUACUACCUGACGAUGCAUUGCCACAAACAAUUUGUUCAAAUUGCACAAAUAAAGCGCAAGAAUCAUUCCAUUUCAAGAAUAUGUGCAUUGACAGCAAUGACAAUCUCAUGAAACUUAUAAUCCAUGGGGAUAGAAUUGUAAAAACUGAAAACGACGCUGAAGAAACGGUUAUAGUUCCUGAAUUGGUCCAAGUGUCCUGUAUACAAGAUGAUUUAUUUGACGAGAAUGUUGAUCACGAUAACGAUAACGAUGACGACGACAAUUUCAAUUGUAAUGAUGAUAUUCAUGAAGAUACUGGAGGUGAAGGGACCUCCAGCGAUGAGUCACAGAAAUCAUGUCAAAAAUCAAAAGAAACACAUGAAUUGGAUGAAGAUUUUCAACUGGUUAAUCGUGCUCAACGGAUUAAUAACAGAUAUCAAUGUGAACUUUGCGACAAAUCGCUGGCCGAUCGAAGAACAUUUUUACUACACAUCAGACUUCACUUGGGAAAAAAUUUGAAACACUGUAACAUAUGUGAUCGUGGAUUUGCCAAACAAAACCAUCUGGAUCGUCAUAAGGCAACACAUGAAAAAUCAACGAAAAAUAAAGUUUUGCGAAAAACCAAUAUUGCAAAACCAAGGAAUACGCAAGUAUGUACAUCAAAAACUGUACUUGAAGAAUUCAAUGAGGAUGAACGAGGUGAGAACACAACAAAAACUACGGUCGAUAAUAAUUCCAACUCAACAAAAUCAAUUAAUACAGCAUCGAUUGAUGAUGAAGAGCUACAAUUGAUAAAUUCUGCAAAAGAAAUAAAUGGCCGAUUACAAUGUCCAAUUUGCUUUAAAACAUUGUCGCAUCGUAAAAUUUUAAAACUUCAUAUUCGGGGGCACGUUGGUAAAAAUCUUUUGCAUUGUAAAUAUUGUAAUCGUGGAUUUGCAAAGGGUUCGAACUUAAACAGGCAUAUACUUCUUCACCGAAAAAUCGAUAGUGAUGAAGAGGACAGGUUUAUUAAGAACGCAACAUGCUUGGAUGGAAGAUUUAUUUGUUCUUAUUGUAAUAAAACAUUAAUUGACCGGCAAUCGUUUCGCAUUCAUAUUCGAACACAUAUCAUUUCGAAAGUUUUUAUUCGAUGUGAAAUUUGUAACCGCGGUGGUUUUGAAAGUGACAUUGAGCUGCAGGAGCAUAUGACUUGUCAUGGAGAUGAAUUUUCAUGCAAUCGAUGUGACAUUAUUUUCAAAACCUAUAACGAGAGAAAAAUUCAUUUAAAAAACCACCAUGAAACGGACGAAACUGCACAUAAUUCAGCGGAAAAAAGAGAAUCGCCCAUGAAGAAACGUGAUGAUAAUAGCAAAGUCGAUGCUAACAAUGAUGACGAUGAGGAUAAAGAUCUUGUGAAUCAAUCAAAUAUUGUGAAUGGACGAUAUGAAUGCGUAUUUUGUAAGAAAACUCUAGCGAAUCGAACAACUUUGAAAUAUCAUAUCAGACUCCAUAUUGGAAAGCAUUUGCUGAAAUGUGACACAUGCAACCAAGGUUUUUCCAAGAAAAGCCAUUUGAAAAGGCACAUGAACACACACAUACCCAAAAAACAACCAUGUCGAUACUGUGACGCUACAUUUGAGACAUAUCAAGAUCGUAAACUUCAUACAGCUACCGUGCAUAAGAAAACCGGACAAAAUCAGACGAAUAAAACCAAUUUAACAUCGUGGACUCAACCAAAUGGCCACAAAAUGUGUCAAUGUAUGGUGUGCAAUUUGCAAUUUGAAAAAAUUUAUGAUUUAAAAAGACAUUUAAAUGAACAUGACAUUAGCGCUAUCGAUUAUACCAGCCAACAUGAAAUGCAAUCAAAAUUCGAAGAAAUUUCAAAUGUCUAUCGCAUUAAUAAUGACUGUGGCUGGGAAUUGUCAUUAACAGAUUCCGAAACCGAAAAUGAAGAUGAACAAAUUGAUGGUGUGCAAAAUAUGCACAAGUGUGAGAAAUGUCAGAAAACAUUCGAUCGAGUAUACAAAAUAGUUUGCCAUAUGAAAAUUGAUCACGCUGUUCAUGAAUUUCAAGAUAUAAAAUGUAUGCAUUGCAUGCAAUGCUUUCCGAACACAGCAUUAUUAUCAAAGCAUAAGCGUCAACAGUGUGAAAAUGAACAUAAACAUAUUAUAUGCAACAUGUGCAAUUCACGAUUCUUCUGGGAGUCCAGUUUGGAAAAACAUGUAGCAAUUUACCACGAAAAGGAAACAAAACAUUUCAGUGAAUAUCAGACCAAUUCAAAGUCCUAUAAUUGUGAUCAAUGCACAAAAUCAUUUUAUAAAUUAGAACAAUUGGAAGCGCACACAAAACUUCAUUUGACACGUGAAAAAACGUUCAUUUGCGAUGUAUGUAAUAAAGCAUUCAGACGAGCCGACAAUCUCAAAUCCCAUAAGCGUGUGCACAUACCACCAGAAAAACGUGAAGUUAAAAAUAAGAGACAUCUUUGUUCAUACUGUGGCAGAAGCUUUUCGAAUUCAAGCAAUUUAACAGUGCAUAUUCGACGGCAUACUGGCGAACGACCAUUCAUUUGUGAUUUUGAAUCUUGUAAGGCUCGAUUCCCCCGAUCAUCGGAUUUGCAAUGUCAUCGGCGCACGCAUACCGGUGAAAAAACGUGUGUGUGUAAUAUUUGUGGCAAAGGAUUCACAAGAUCGAAUAAAUUAGUUCGCCAUAUGAGGACCCAUACUGGUGAACGGCCAUACAAGUGUCCUCACUGUGAACGGGCAUUUACGCAAUCAAACGACCUAACAUUGCAUGUGCGGCGACAUACUGGCGAUCGACCAUUUAUUUGUGAAUGUGGCAUGCGUUUCAUUACCAAUAGCUUAUUACAACAACAUAGACGGACCACAGGACAUAUUGAUCACACAAUCAACUCUUCACAUCCACUUCCGACAAACAGCGUGAACAAUCCACAUCGAACGUUCAACAUUCACGAUGGAAAACGAACUGGAAUUACUGCUACCUUGACUUCAUCGAAAGAAGAACUUUUCAAUUAGAGUAAAAUUGUUCGUGGUUCAUGAUGUAUGCAUAUUACAAAUAAUAAUUUUCAGAUCUAUUUGCUCACCUGAAAAAAUGUAUUAAACCGAUUAUUAGAAAAAACA